UAGGUGUAUAUAUAUCAGGAGAGGUGUUAUUAAUAUUAGGAGGAGAAGAAAAAUGCCAUGUUCAGCAGAAGAAGCUCUUGCUAGAUUCUUCUACAAUGUUUCAACCUCCUCCUUCAUCUUCCUCAUCUUCCUCUACUCCUCCAUAACUCUUCUCGCCAAGUUCUUCCACUUCGUCGGUUCCUACCCACUAAUUCAAAGAAAUCAAGAUGGGUAUGAUUACAGUUUGCUUUCCGAGGAAGAAGAAGAAGAAGAAGAAGAAGAAGAAAAAGAAGAAGAAGAGGAAGAAGACAUUAACAAUGAUAGAUACAAGUACCAUGUCAAGUACCCAGAUCAACCAGAUGAUCAUUUGGUGGCCGCCGACAUAAUCAGCGGCGGAGAUUCGCGCAUGUUUUGCUUUAAAAAGAACCAAGUAAACCACUGUGAUCAUGAUCAAGAUCGUCAAGAUCAUGAGCUCAUGCACCAUUAUGAUCAUGAUCAGCCUACUGUAAGUGAUCAUGAUGGAAACUUCUCAGCUGAUGAUGAUCAAGAGUUCUCCGCCCGUGAUGAUUCUCCGUGUUCAGAAUCUGAUGAUCAUGAUAUCAUCAACUCUGAUUCAAAUCUCCAUGGACCCACCUCCACCAUAACAGUAGACCUUCGGAAAAGUGGUUUGGUGAGCAGUGAUGAAAGCACCCAUGAAGAUAAAUGUUGCAGUUUUAAUGAAGAAACUAUGAGGAAUAAGGAUGAGAAGUUUCUGGUUUUUGCGCCGUCUCAAUUGGAAAUUACCAAGAAGUUCCUUGUUGAUGAAGAAAAGGAUCAUGAGGAGAUCUAUGGGGACUCAUGCACUGUUGGGUCAACUUCAAAGAGUUCAUCUGAAUGGAGAAGCUCAAUCAAUUGCAGAGAUUCAGGGACUGAUGAUCCCUUUUCUUCUUCCUCAAGAAGAAGCUGUCCCAAAUGGGAGUCCUACACUGUGUUUCAGAAGUAUGAUGAAGAAAUGAUGUUUCUUGAUAGGAUUAGUGCUCAAAAGCUUCAUGAAACAGAGUCACUUAGAUCUAUACAAGCAUGUCCAAGAUCAAUUUCAGAAAGGCUAGUACACAAAUUCACCACAAUAAACAAAAAAUCAGAUCAUAUUCGACAAAACCCUUAUCGCGAAUUGGAAGCAGCAUACGUAGCACAAAUCUGCUUGACAUGGGAAGCUCUCAAUUGGAACUACAAGAAAUUUGAGGGUAAACGAGUAUCGUGUGGCCGAGGGUUUGAUCCGGGGUGUCCGGCCAGCAUUGCUCAACAGUUCCAGCAAUUUCAAGUCCUGUUGCAGAGGUAUAUAGAGAAUGAGCCUUAUGAACAAGGCAGGAGACCAGAGAUAUAUGCCAGGAUGAGGCUAUUGGCACCCAAAUUGCUCCUAGUCCCAGAAUAUAGAGAUUCUGAAGAUGAUGAUCAUCACAAGGACGAAGGUUUUGGAUCGAGAAUUUCAUCGGCUUCAUUUCUUAUGAUCAUGGAGGAUGGUAUCCGAACCUUCAUGAAUUUCCUCAAGGCAGACAAGGAGAAUCCCUGCAGCCAAAUCCUUAAAUCUUUCUUUGGCCGAUCAAGAAGAGGCUCAGUUGAUCCAACUCUUCUUCACUUGAUGAAAAAAGUUAAUGCCAAAAAAAAGAUGAAAUUAAAGGAUCUCCGGAGAGCAGGAAAAUGCAUGAGGAGAAGAAAAUUGAAGAUAGAAGAAGAGAUGGAGAUAUUAAUGGGACUGAUAGAUCUAAAAGUGGUUUCUAGGGUCCUGAGAACGACUGACAUGAACGAAGAACAAUUGCACUGGUGUGAGGAGAAGAUGAGUAAAGUCAGAAUUUUAGAUGGGAAACUACAAAGAGAUUCCUCCCCACUUUUUUUUCCUGCACACUGAAAAACAUAUAUAUAUAUAUAUAUAUAUUAAUGUCACUGCAUGAUGACUAGACCAUGACAAAGCACAAGCAUGAAUAUCCUAGGGCACCCUUUUGUAAAUACUGUACAAAAAGAAAUCAGGGUUUGUGACCCUACAAAUCAAAGUAAACUGCAUGUGGGUGACAUAGGAUUUGGAUAAAGGAAUUAAAAGUGGGUGAAGAACUAGGGUUGAUUUGAAGCGAAAGAUCAAAAAGCAAAUUAGCAAAAACAAUGAAGAUAGAGACAAGGGUAGCUUUAGUUUUGCUUUAUAUUAGCUUUUGAAUAUUCAUUAGGGUUUAUCUGUAAGAGAGAAUUAAAAGAGAGUAGGAAAAUAAAAAAGGACAAAUAGCACAUGGUGUACACUGAUUUAAUUAAAGGAUAAUUUUGGUACGACCCACCACUUAUUCUGUGGAAGAAAAAGAGACGAUUUAUAAAGUGAUUAGUGGGAAAA